AGCCAAAAUUUUCCUUCCCUCUGUGGGACCCCCGCCACUCCCCACAAUUCAUCCUCCACGCCCCUUAUUUAUCCUCCCUUCACAAGUUCUUGAGAGAGAGAGAGAGAGAUGGGGAAUUACAGGUUCAGAUUUUCAGACAUGAUCCCCAAUUCCUGGCUUCACAAGCUCAGGGACAUGAGCCGGACCAGAUCAUCCGCAACUCAUCACCGCCACCUUCCUCCUCCCAUCAAGAAGAAACAGCCGCCCUUCUCCGCCACCCCCGCGCCGCCCCCGCUUCAGGACCCUCCCCGUCACUCCCAAACCCGUUCCAGGAAGUCCUACCACUUCGCCAGAGACCCCACCCCUCCUAGCCCCCCCAGGAAGUCGACCAAGCAGAGGCGGACGCGCAGGCCCCGCCGUUCCUCGUCCCCGAGGCUCGUCGCCUCCUCCGUCUCCGCCGGCUGCAGCUGCCGCGCCACCGCCACUCUCGACUCCUUCUGGACCAAGCCCGACUCGGUCCCCGAGUGCUCCACUUCCCCUCCUCCAUCCGACACCUCCGCCGCCUCCGACUCGGAAGAGCUCCGAGCAUCCGGUCCUCUGCCUCAGCUGAGCCCCGAGAUUUGCGGGGGGCUCGUUGCGCACCGGUCGUUCGAUCAGAUGGUGUCCUGGUCCAGCUCUUCGUGCCGAUGCAAAGUGCUCGACUCUGACGAGUCGACCGACAGGAAGCAAGUGAAGAGCCCGGACGGGUGCGAGUCAGUGUCCACAGAGAUCGAGCUUCCCCCAAUCCUGACAAAGCCUGUGAACUUCAAUGACAUGGUCAAGAAUCUCAAGAGCAGAGACACCCACGAGCCGACCAAGAGCCGGACGACUUCGCAGCUCUCGGUCAGAGUCGUGAAGGCGGAGCAAAUCACAGUGCAGCAGGAACACAACAAGGCCAGGAGGUCAUUCUCGGUGAGCUCGCCAGGGGUGAAGCUGCGAAUCAACUCGCCGAGGCUAGCGAGCACCAAGAGGGCUCAGACCCAGAGCCAGAGCACUCACCACCGCCCCGGCCGAAAGGGUGUGCCGUCGCCGUCGCCGCCGGGGGGGAGGGGGAGGGGGAGGCGGAGGAGCGUGUCGGACAGCUUCGCCGUCAUGAAGUCGUCGCUCGAUCCGCAGAGAGACUUCAGGGACUCGAUGGUGGAAAUGAUAGUGGAGAACGACAUCAGAGCGUCCAAGGACUUGGAGGAGCUUCUCGCAUGUUACUUGUCGCUGAACUCGGACGAGUACCACGAUCUCAUCGUCAACGUCUUCAAACAAAUCUGGUUCGACCUGAACUGCACUAGCUUGAAGUGAAGCUUCUGUUAGAUUCCAAGUAGCGAUGAAGACUACUGUACAUGUUGACUCUUUUCAACCUAGUGUCACUUUCUAAUAUCAUCAUCAGUAUAUACUAAGUCCUCUGCCAAUCCAAGCUCACAUUGUUCAUAGAGA